AUGUUUCUCCGUCAGUUUCCUCGCAGCUGCAGAGGAUUGCCUCCAAAAUCAGUGAGUGGCGUGUACAAGAUUCAACCGCUACCCAAUAUCGACCCCAUUGAGGUGUAUUGUGAGAUGGCAGUUGGUGGUGGUGGCUUCACCUUCCUUCCUCGCAGCCUUUCUAAAACUCGUGGAGCCCAAAAGAUAGUCAACUUUCUAUUCCGAGACAGAAAAGAAGUCUUACUAAAGUUACAGAAGAAGAACGACCGAAGUGAAUCGUAUACUCUAAUACAACCUCACCCAAAUUUCACCAAAUAUUCUUUUAAGCUUUUAGUGAAUAGUUACUCCGGUUACACAAAACCAAAGAACCACUACAUGAGCGAUUACUUUUUCCUUGGAAUCAUCCCAGCGGCAAAGGCGAGAAGGAGAGGAACCCAGGGCUUUAAAUCCAACGGACGUACAAUACAGUUCCGUAACUGCGAUGCAAAUCCUAACAGCUUCUUUGCUUUUAUGCCAAACCACAAACUCCAAACCCCCAGCGGCUACCAUCCAAAUCUUGUUUACGAGAGAAGCGGUGUGGCGGUCAAUUGGCGAUCCACGGCAAUCCCCAUCACCAAUCCUGAUCGUAUGAUGCCCAAUGAGUUCUUCUUUCUGACAGAACUCCAUUUUGGGGGUUGCGGUUGUUACACUUCCAGCAACCGCUGGAAGAAAUACGGUUUUCACGCCACUGCCAUUGGAGUUCGCUAAUCCUGAACUAUUACAGCCCCUCUUUUUGCUUGCAUGUGAUUUUAAGCGUACGCUCUAGGUUCUGUUCAGGGAAAGUAAGGUCUAAAACUUCAUUUAGGGUGCGUGCAUUCCAUUGACGUUAUUAUGGAAUAGGACUAGAUAGAACAACCCACAAUAUCAAAAGCCCGUUUUGUUGACCUGUUAUUUCAUUACCAGAAUAAGUAGAAUAUUUUUCAAACAUUCUGCUUUGAGUGGCCAGAUCUCGGAAUCUAUCCCUCUCGCUUUGGCCACUUUUCACCACAACAAAGUUCAGUGGAAGCUCUCGUUAUUGGACUUCUCUACGAACGGCCCCCUUCAGAAAAUUUUUAAAUCCAAUACAAACUUUGCAUUUUUACUUUUCCUUAAUUAUGCGGAUGCAGCCACGGACACUUCUGGGUUGUAGCUAGAGAAUCUUGUAUUUUAACCAAACAAUUUCAAAUCGCUGUUCAUUGUAAUGAUUUUAUGUCAGUUUCAGUGUUUUAUUUUAAUUUUCACAAACACACCCGGUUACAAUGUCAAAUCACCACUUGAAUUUUAUGCUUUUGACUGAAUCAGUUACAACAUCGUCAAACAACAGUAUGGCUAAACACACACAAUUUUCGGUUACUUUCCCAAUGUUUAUUUGUAGCUGGGCAAGUUCUCGUAAGCGAUCAUCUAAUCGAUCAUUUUAUUGCAUCUGAUUGACAUAUAAAAGACCUAAAAAAGGGUGUGAGGAAUUUUCCGAUUUCCCUUUGUAACUCAUUUUAUGUCAGUUUCUUUGCGUAAAUCGUGCUCGAGAUUCGACUUUUUAGUUUGAAAUGCAAUAAUUCCGCUAAUACGAGACAUAUGCAAAUUUCCUCUCACCCUUUUUUAGGUCUUUUAUCUGUCAAUCAGAUGCGAUAAAAAGGAAGUGAAUAUUUAACAACGCGAAAGGGUUGGAGCUUCAGCAGUAAACUCGAUACCUCUGAGUUCGAGAGCAAAAAACUUAAGCGCCUUUUGAAAUUCGAUGAAAUAAAAUCUUUUAUAAGGUAAUUUAGUCUUUUAGCUUUAAUUUGAUAUAUAACUUGCCUUUGUAGCGAAAAUACCCGCGCGACUAGAAUUUUUUUCUGUGGGCACCUCGUUUUCCUUUACCGAGACCUUAAAUAUUAUUCUCCAAACAGAAGGCAUAUAGAGUACUAAAGUGUGGCGUCAUAAAAAUGAAAUUUCUGAAAUUAUGGGAUUUGUCAGGAUAUUCUGAAAGAACAAUAUCCAAGAGGCCUACUUACCUAAAAUGAGCAUUUCGGGGCAAAUUGUCUCUAUAUCCUGACAAAUCUCAUAAUUUCAGAAAUUUCAUUUUUAUGACGUCACACUUAAGUACUCUAUAUCGAUGGCCUAAUGGACAAUUAUCCACCCUCAAAUCUGAAUUAAACCAGAACCUCCUGCUGAUAAUAGUGAGUACCGAAAUCGUACUAGUUUUUUUUUUAUUUUUUUUUUUUCAUAUUAAGGCUAUUCCGGAAUAAUUUUUGAGGUAUUCUUAUUUCCAACUAAGAUCGAUAGAACGCAUGCUAAGCAUUUCCAUCAGGUGUUUUCGAAGUAUCAUAAAUAUGUAAGUCCUGUGAUAAUCUCAAUAUCCAACUAAUAAAAGUGAAUACUAGAAUGAAAGAAACAAUAAACAACCGGCGUUGCAAGGAAGCUGAAUAUUAAAACAAUGUAAAUAUUCUUAAGUUGAACGCCCCAGAUGUUUUCUACGCCAAUCGGCUUUUCGUGCACGGGAAAUCAAUGAAACCGUUCUUCAAAGUGUUUUUUCUGGGUCAUCCGUCGGAUUUGGAGACGAGAACUUGCAAAUCAAAAUGGAGAGCACCAGGCUUCGGUCUGUGACUUUACUGACGCUUACUUUCAGUCUUGUUGCAUGCGUUAACUGCCGCAACUAGGUAUUUUAGAAUUAAACUCAAUUGUAUAUUUGAAGCUUUCGAAAGAAAAAUGACAAAUGCUCGACAAAAAGAGGGAAGGGAUGAUUGUUACCAUAAGAAUUCGCAGAGACAUUAGCUGACGACACCAAAAUCUAUCGUUAACGUGCAGGGCUGAGUUGCUCAAAGCAUGGUUAGCUUUAACCAUUGGUUGAGAAGUAUCAAAACCAAUACGUUGUCAAGGUAUUAAACGCUGGUUAUCGCUAACCACGCUUCGAGCAACUGGGCCCUGGUCCACAGUUCUCGCCCCAAAAUUUCGAGGCUAUGCUUUUUGCAUUUACAGGCCAUAAUAAAACUAUAAUUGAGGGAGCGCAAGCAAAAGUAGUUUUUUGUAGAUGCCAAAGGGAAGUCUGCUAGAAUCGAGAGGAUGGUUUAUUUACAAGCUGGAAGUUCGGAUUUGUUUCAUUUUUGUUCCUCGACUCCAUGACCUCCAACUUCUUGUGCUUGAGCUUUUUCACUUUGCAUUCUAGUUCUUCAUGAAGACCUGAUCCCCUCUCCUUUGCUAAAUUGAAAAAUCUUCGCCCUCUCAAAUAAGCUUCCCGUCUCUAUUAAGACCCCCUCAGCCUGGGGGGGCGUUGGGGGUUGGCUUAAUAGAGGAAUUACGGUAUUCAAAAACCUUGAGGCUGCCUGUCUCUCCUUAAAAGUUUAAGAGUUUCUGCGUAGUAAACGAAAAAGCUAAGAUUACACAGUCUAUUCUCUUGUUGUUUUAGUUUAUUAGUAGACACAUGAAGCCAUAUUCUUAAUUAUGACAGUUCAAAUAAAACCACUUUAAUAUAUUAUAUUUUUAACUUAGUGUCUGGUUCCAAGUAUUUUACAAAGUCGAAAAAUUUAAUACAAUUUUCUUUCAACUGCGACACAACGCCUUACUUGUGAUUGAAAAUACAAGCAAACGGACAAAUCUCAUUACAUAUCUAAAGAAAGGUACAAAGUAACGCUGUUUGGGCCUGAUAUGUUUGAGUGAUUUUUUCCGCAGUCGAGGUCCUUAAAAUUACGAUUAGACACCAAAACGCUUCACGGCCUGAUUGGUGAACGGGAACUAGGGAUGUUGGUUUUUGAUUUGUUUGUUUUUGUGUCCUUUCUUUUAUUUAUUUCUUUGUUCCCAUUUUGUUUAUUUCUGACAGGAGUGUACUGACUUUUUUCUAAGUUUAUUUGAAAAUGGGGAAAAACUCAUGAUAAACAUGGCUAAUUCUUCAGUAAUUCGUUUUAAGUUUUCGGCGUUGUUGGACUUGCUGUUCUUAUACUAUAACUGAGAGUACUCCCCGAUACCCCGAUUCCCCCAUUCCGUAAAUAAAAACUAGCCUGUAAGUUUCGAUAGGUGGUGUCUGAAAUCAGUUCCGCAUUUUUAGAUCAAACCUCUUGAAGAAUUUUCAUUGUCUGAUUUAAAGACAGCGCGUGUUAUGUACAUUCUGCAUCAUGCCUUUACGCUGCUCUUCAUACCUUUGCUUUACAUGAGGGCGAACAACAGUCUUUGAUCUCGAUAAUAAUAGGAAGCUGAAAUGAUGGUGAUCUGAAAGAAAGAUUGAACUGUUCAAUGAAUGAAUUGCAGGUAACUGUGAUGAAAUUGCAUCAAAAAGUAAAUUUUUUCAACCCACUUGUGCCUGUCCUUGCCCCGCAAACGAGUUGCAUUAAGAUUUUCACAACGCUUAGAAACAUGGCCCGACUUCUUUUACCUGUUGAUGCUUUUUAAUUCUUUAUUCCACUUUUUCUAUUCACAGAAAGCACGAAGAAUUCAGCCUGUGCAAUCUACCAACAGCCAUUUCAAGAGUUGGUGACUGUCUUCAUACAUGUUUUAGAAGAGAAUCCAUCAUCCAUUAGAACAUGGAGUAUGUUCUGCCGCAGAAUUUGAAUGGUCCUCACAGAAGUGUUGCCGCGAAAACAGUGGACUUUGUACAGCCGCUACGACAGGGCUUAUAACAUCGCCAGCAAAACAUGGGACAAUUUUCCUACAACAAGACGAACUUCCUGACUGAGUUGCAUGACCCUUGAUGUGGACGACCUGUACGUUCCUAUUCAUCAAAAGAACCAGGUCACCACUGUGUUACAAUGUACUUAGUUAGGAAAACGGCUAACGAGGGAGCUUAAACAGCAAAUUGCUGAUCAGCGCAUGGCAUCGUCCAGGAACGCUUCCUGAACGGUCAUGCGGCCUUUUCGACAUCCUUCAGAAGGAACAAACUGCUGUAGGUGCCGGCUAAUCACAAAGAAAUUGCGAUGAUGCGAAAGCAGGCUAAGGCUUAUAGUGUUUAGGUGCGACAGAGAAGCGUGAGACCAGAAACUACAAGGAGAUUCUGGUGAGUGACAAGAUAUUCUCACUUCAGAUUCUUCAAAUGAAAACGCCGUAUACUCGAGCACCCCUGAACCUGCUGAACCUGACAGUAGAGAGUUUGAUGAACCAAGCGAGAGGUGACGAGGGAGCACCUGAAGAAAAUCUUUCCGGAGAAGAAGGUGACAACCUGUCUUAGCUCAGUCUAGACAUCAACUUUUUGAUGGAGGUGACACCUCCGUUUGGCCAGCGCCAUAAGGGGCUUAAUACACAUUAACUCGAGCGGAAACGCUCGCUACUCAGGCUAAGAAAAAGCUGAAAUAAUAGUCUGUUUAACUUUUCAACAGCCACUGUACAAGAUAUACCGCAUUCGUCUCCACUAUUAACCGGCUUAGGUUGUACAUAAUUUAUUCCAGCCUUGGUUUGUAAAUAUUUAUUCACUCUUCCAGAAGGUCUUAUGUAAGGAUUGAUAAGGACGACAUAUCUAAAUAAAUCUCGGCAUAGAUACUGUUUCCAAUCUCAAUUAUGCUUGUCUGUUCUGUCAACUCACCGCCCUGCUUUUCAAUUUGGUGUGAUGGAGGGCCUUCGCAUUGUUCCACUCGCUGUUCUCCGUUAAAUAAAACUUUUGUUUGAUUCCUGAACACUUAUCCAAAAGAGAAAAAAUUACCAAACUAACCUUACGGCUGCUGUUUACUAUAAAGACGGAUUUGUAGCGCUAAAUCUAACCCGCGAAAACCGCGUCUUAUUGUGGAAAAAGAACCGCGACUGGCAUGCAAAAACAGAAUUUUCAUAGCAGGAUCGGGAUAUCACGUCCCGAGCAAGCGGGAUGGCGGGAUGAAAGAAAAAGUAGUGGCAGGAAGCGCGAUAAAGAAACCCUAUUUUAGGCCCUCCUUAGAAGCAUCACUUUUUCAGUUACUGUUGAACAUAUGAAAGCCUCACUUUUUCCGCUUUUGUUGAUAAGAUCAUGCAGUUGAGGUUAUUUUAGUUAGUACAAGUAAUUUUGACGCACUUGGAAAAAGGAAAUACGUCAUUAUUGCUUUUACGAACUAGCAGUUCUUAUUAUGUACUGAGGACCAAUCAAGUUGAAAAGAUCUUAUAAUAACAUUUCGUAGAAAAGAUGCCUUGAACAAAGGAAAAAUUAUUUGUUACGUAAUCUUGCCAGUUGAGCAAUUAGUCUCGAUACAUAAAUUAAAAGAGCCAAAACCGAAAGAUUUCUUGUCAUGGACUUUGCCUUGAUCAUUCGUUGGUGGUUGAAAAAACAUAAAAACGUUCCUUGCCAUACAUACCAAUAACUGACUUAUUUUUUGCUCGAGUGAGCAUAAAACGAUUGAGUGGUUUUUCCGGUUUAGGUUCUUAAUUUAAGAUUCUACUGACUAAGAUCAAAGCAUUUGACAGUAUAACUCAUACACCAGAUCAAUCAAGAGGCAGCCUUAGAAAGGUUAGAAAUUUCUAAAUGUAUAUUUUUAACAUCAGUUUGUACUUAAUGUUUCUAAAGUUUAUCUUUCAAUGUUUAGGGAAAAAAUUGAUAUUUUAAGGGGUUGAAAGAAAGUAAAAACUUUCCUUGUCAUACAUACCAAUAAGUGAUUCAUUCUUUCCUCGAGUGCACAUAAAACAAUUGAGUAGUUUUUCCGGUUUCUUCUUAUGUAAGAUCCCACUAGAUCAAAGCAAUUGACACUAUGACUCAUACACCUGAUCGGGCAAGAGACAGCCUUAGAAAGGUAAGAAAUGUAUAUGUAUUUAUAUUUUUUUAAAAUCAGAGUUGUACUUAGUUGUACUUUAGUCAGUAAAAAUAUUGCUCAGUUUAACGUUACAACCGCUUGUGGUAUUCACGAGCUCGAGGGAAUAAAGCCUGUGGAUGACGAUAAAGCAUAAACACUGAUAAUUCUUCUUUACCUCUUUAAAUAAUAUGCAUUGUUUGCUUGCUCAGUUGUACUAUAACUUAGAGGAACUGACCGGAAAGGCCCCCAGUAGUUAAACUAUUUCUUAAGAAAGACUGAUUCAUAGAGAAUUGAUAUAUAAUAAGCUAGAUAGAGGAUAUGGCUGGAAGUAGCUGCAUGAACCUUAUUACAAGUGCCCACCACUGAACACUGUCCAUUGUAUUGUAAAACGAACCCUCGUUGUUAAUUUUUGACUCAUACGCAGUGGCAAUUUAUCAGAUCAAGCUAUGAAGACUUUACAACUGGAUAUGAAAACAUAGUAGGGCAAUCAGCUGUUUUAAGAUGAAAAUACCUCACUGAAAUACCGGCGGGGAUAUAUUAUUAUAUGGCUCAUAGUUUUUAUGCUUGUUAUUUUCGUAAAUGUUGUAAAUAUUGGUUGCUAAUUGCUAAGAAUUGCAGAGAUUAUUGAACUUAGCUAGCUCGUCCAUUUUUUUGGAAUUAAUUCGCGUGUACGCCACGGUGAAGUCUUUUCAUGGGUUAAUUUGCCUGCAAUAAGCCAAAAAGUGAACAAUGACAUCACUACGAGGGCUUCACUAUCUACCGUGCUCCAUUUGUCUACUGGAUGAAAUUCUACCCAGUGAACAGUGCUAUUGGUUUGCCUAAUGUUUAUCCACUAUAUUGCAAUUUAUAUGGUGAAUAGGACUCUCCAACUUUUGAAAAGCUAGGGCCUGAAAAUGUGGAUGAUCACUUCCGCUGGAUUGUGCAAUCUUGAACAUUUCAUUUAUCCGCUUGUCCGAGCUCAAUUCUGUUUGAAUGGUACUUACAUAAAUGACAGUGUUCAGCGAAGUUGCUCUCGUCAUGGAGAUAGUUAUUUAAGUCUACUUUUUCCGCUUUCGAUAUUGAGAUGCCUUACAUAAGAACAAUAUCAUUCCUUAGUGAUGGAAUUGACAUGGCUAGAUAAACUCUUUCAUACCGAUGUACACCGAUGCUCUGUUGCGACACUACUGAGAGAGCUUAGGCAACGACGACGGCGGCCGUAAAGACAACGGCCAAAAAGCAGUAGGUUAAGAUCAUCAAAACAACAACUUUGCGCGUGCAUCUAAGCAAAUGCCUAAUUUUACGUUUUAUCAAGGACGGGAACACAACUUUCUUGUUCUUUUCCUGAACUUUGAUACAGUCCUUUAGAAUUCAACUCCUAAAAAGUUGCCAACAUUUGACGAAUUAAAGGCAGCGCGAGGUCACUUUUUAAGCGAAGUUUUCGUAGCCGUCUCCGUCGUUGUUGCUUUAUCUCCCUCUUAACCCAGCAGAGUUUCCUAUUUAAAAAAUCGACGCGGUUUCCUUUGCUGUACAUUGAUUUUGUUGCCUCAUGUUUGUGCCAAUUAAAGUACAACAAUAUCACUGAGAUUCUACAGAUCAUCAUUUAUGUCCAUUGAUGCUGUUUGUUUGUUUCGUUUUUGGAUGAAUUAUGAAGGCUACUUUUUCCUCUUCGCUAAUGUGAUGCCACUGUAGUUCGUAAAAGCAAUAUUGACGCAUUUGAUUUAAAGCACUAAUGAAUUUCAAUAUAUCUGACAAUACUAGUUCGCUAAAAAAAAAACCAUUGAACAACAGUGAAAUUAAUUAGUAAUACAAUACAACAUUGCUUUGAAAUCUUUAAAAUCAUAUCAUUUGAUAAUGUCGAUUUUGUACCACAUUUUCAGUUUGUGGUUUGCUUUCCCCAGAGUUAAAGAAUCUUCAAAACGUCUGAGAACUCAAACAAGCCUACUACCCUGUGUUAACACGGAACGCUUUAAAGCUAGUUUUAUUAAUAGACUGUAUUUUAAAUAUACUUUUACUUUUUAACUAAUGAUAUUAAACAUUUAAAUACAGGUAUAUAUUUUUACUUGUAUAUUCAAUAAAAACAUUUAUUAUUAUUAUUAUUUCCCGUAGCAACCUCGCAGAGUAAUCAUUUGGAUUCCAAAUAGGUUCAAUUUUUAUUUCAUUUGCAGAUGAAGUGGUACGUUUUUGUCGUAGUAUUAUGGGUUAUGCAGUUUGACACUGUUCAUUCUAACAGUUAUUGCUGUAAUUGUUACGAAGACAAAGUAAGUAGAAGUGUUGUUUGCCUUUAGACGCUUGCGCGCUUAACUAUAAAUUACCUUUUAAAAUAGGAUGUAGAGAACGCCCCGCUUGUUUUGUGAUUCCCACAAUGAGACAGUUAAGCAUUUUUUUCUUGAAUGUCCACUUUAUUCUGCUCCUAGAACUUAUCUGCUCUCCGUUGCUUCUCGCAUUUUUGCUGGCAGGUGAUCUUUUGUGUCGAAAGCACAAAUUAUAUCAGUUUUACUGUUUGGAUCCCCGGAGCAAAAUAAUGAAAAUCGUAAUAAAAUCACAAAUUAAUAAGAAAUACCUAAAUAUGUACGUUCCAUCUACGUACGUUCCAAUAAGUCUUGCGACUUUAACUCGACACAGAAAAAUCUAAUUAGCCUCCAUAAAAAUCCAAACAUAAGUUGAAAUAAGAAAACUGGCCUUGACAGAUAUCUUUGUUUGUGUGCUAACGCUUGUAAGCACACGUUGCAUCAUAAGCCAUUUCAGGUGAAAUAUUAGGAAACAAAAGGAUGAACUAAAGCUUGCAUGGCCUUUAUUUGGGUAUUCUCAACAAAGGAAAGACCGCUCAGACUUCAGUUCACGCUUCACCUGUAAUAUAAGAGGGAUUAAGAUUCACGUAUACGGCAAAAGGCAGGCGUGAAUAUGUACCUCGUGACCAAGUUUUCCCCUUAUUUUUCGUUUACUCUUUAUUGCUUCUACCCAAUAAAAUAAGUAGUUUUAUUGCAGUUUUAACCAUAGGAAUCGUUCGGGACUGUUUUAAUCCGCACAUUUUCUAUUCUGAGAAAUUCUCAACUUGAGUCUGACGUUUGCUGUUUGCGGUAAACAUGAAUCUUAAUCUCUCUAUUACCGGAUUACAGGCCUAUGUUCCUAGCUCGACUGUAAGUAAAAUGUCCCGAGAACAAUAGCCAUCCUCUGCAAUGCUUUUAAGCACCAGAGCUUUUACAGUUAUGAAAUGCCGAAAUUAUCCAAAACAUACCCUCUCCUGGUACACAUUCACACAAGAACCUCUACAGUUUCGGUUUCACAUCUGUUACGCCCAAUUAGCAUUUAUGGCCAUGAGAAAUUAAUUACCAUCGAUCUGCACACGAUUUGGGAAAACACUUGAGUGCUCCUUUGUUCACUCACCCUAACAUCCCGUGCCCAAAAUAAGAAGAGAAGUGGCCAUUGCCUUCUUUCGAUGUUUUUUAAACUUUCGACACAUGUACUUCAUGAUUAAUUGAAGGAAAACAAGCUACACUAAGAAAUGUUUUAUGUGUCAGUUUCCCCGCAGUUGCAAAGGUUUGCCCCCAAAAUCAGUGAGUGGAGUAUACAAGAUCCAACCGCUGACCAAUAUUGACCCCAUUGAAGUGUAUUGUGAGAUGGCAAUUGGUGGUGGUGGCUUCACCUUCCUUCCUCGCAGCAUCACUAAAAGACCUAAAGCCCAGGAAAUAGUCAACUUUCUAUUCCGAGAUAGGAGCAGAGUCUUGCUAAAGUUACAGAAGAAGAACGACCGAAGUGAAUCGUAUACUCUCAUCCAACCUCUCCCAUCGUUUGCCAGCACACACUUUGGGCUUUUGGUGAAUAGUUACUCCGGUUACACUAAACCACAGAAUUACUUCAUGAACGAUUACAUCUUCCUUGGAAUCAUUCCAGCGGCAGAGGCGAGAAAUAAUAAAAUGCAAGGGUUUCAAUCUAACGGGCAUGAAAUACAGUUCCGUAAUUGCGAUAAAAAUCCUAACAGCUUAUUUGCGUUUAUGCCAAACCAUAAGCUACAAACCCCCAGCGACUACCAUCCGAGCCUGGUUUAUGAAGGAACCGGUGUGGCAGUAGACUGGCGCUCCAAGGCAAUCCCCAUCACCAGUCCUGAUCGUAUGAUGCCCAAUCAGUUCUUCUUUCAGACAGAACUCCAUUUUGGGGGUUGUGGUUGCUACACUUCCAGCAAUCGCUGGACCAAGUUUGGUUUUCACGCCACUGCCAUUGGAAUUCACUAA